UGGUCCCCGGGUCCUCAGCCUGGGAUCACCCCUUGAGAAGGACCCCAGAGUCCUCGGCAUCUAGCCCGCCACCCCCCAGGCAGGGCAUUCAAGGGGUUAAGUCCCCUGGGGCUGGAUUCUGCCUUCCGCCUUUCCCAGACCCCAGAGCCGGUCCCUGGGACGCUGGGCCGCCCUGAGCUCUGGGAUGGAGCCUGAAGCAGUGCUGUGGGGCCCAGAGCUGCGGGGUCCUGACCAGAGCCCUAAUGAUGCUCACAGAGGUGCCGAGAGUGGGAACGAAGAGGAGAGCCCUCAGCAGGAAAGUUCUGGGGAGGAGAUCAUCUUGGGCGAUCCAGCUCAGAGUCCAGAAUUCAAGGACCCACCAGAGAUGCCCCUGGAGAGACCCUCCCAGGAUCCCUCAGUCCCCCAGGAUCCCCCAACUCCACUGGGUCACCCCAACCCCUUGGACCACCAGACUCCUCUUGACCCCCCAACCCCGGAGGUAGUCCCUACCCCGUCUGACUGGACCAAGGCCUGUGAGGCCAGUUGGCAGUGGGGGACCCUGACCACCUGGAACAGUCCCCCGGUGAUUCCUGCCAAUGAGUCCAGCCUGCGUGAGCUCGUGCAAGGCCGCCCCUCUGGGGCUGAGAAGCCCUACAUCUGCAACGAGUGCGGCAAGAGCUUCAGCCAGUGGUCCAAGCUGCUGCGGCACCAGCGCAUCCACACGGGCGAGCGGCCCAACACGUGCUCCGAGUGUGGCAAGAGCUUCACUCAGAGCUCGCACUUAGUGCAGCACCAGCGCACACACACCGGCGAGAAGCCCUACAAGUGCCCAGACUGUGGCAAAUGCUUCAGCUGGAGCUCCAACCUGGUGCAGCACCAGCGCACACACACGGGCGAGAAGCCCUAUAAGUGCACCGAGUGCGAGAAGGCCUUCACCCAGAGCACCAACCUCAUCAAGCACCAGCGCUCACACACAGGCGAGAAGCCGUACAAGUGCGGCGAGUGCCGGCGCGCCUUCUACCGCAGCUCUGACCUCAUCCAGCACCAGGCCACGCACACGGGCGAGAAGCCCUACAAGUGCCCUGAGUGCGGCAAGCGCUUCGGCCAGAACCACAACCUCCUCAAGCACCAGAAGAUCCACGCCGGCGAGAAGCCGUACCGCUGCACGGAGUGCGGCAAGAGCUUCAUCCAGAGCUCGGAGCUGACGCAGCACCAGCGCACGCACACCGGCGAGAAGCCCUACGAGUGCCUCGAGUGCGGCAAGAGCUUCGGCCACAGCUCCACCCUCAUCAAGCACCAGCGGACCCACCUGCGCGAGGACCCCUUCAAGUGCCCCGUUUGUGGCAAGACCUUCACGCUGAGCGCCACGCUGCUGCGGCACCAGCGCACGCACACGGGCGAGCGGCCCUACAAGUGCCCCGAGUGCGGUAAGAGCUUCAGCGUCAGCUCCAACCUCAUCAACCACCAGCGCAUCCACCGUGGUGAGCGGCCCUACAUCUGUGCCGACUGUGGCAAGAGCUUCAUCAUGAGCUCCACGCUCAUCCGCCACCAGCGUAUUCACACGGGUGAGAAGCCCUACAAGUGCUCCGACUGCGGUAAGAGUUUCAUCCGCAGCUCGCAUCUCAUCCAGCACCGUCGCACUCACACGGGCGAGAAGCCCUACAAGUGCCCCGAGUGCGGCAAGAGCUUCAGCCAGAGCUCAAACCUCAUUACGCACGUGCGCACGCACAUGGAUGAGAACCUCUUUGUGUGCUCCGACUGCGGGAAGGCCUUCCUGGAGGCACACGAGCUGGAGCAGCACCGGGUGAUCCAUGAAAGAGGGAAGACCCCAGCCCGGAGAGCUCAGGGCGACACUCUGCUGGGGCUUGGGGACCCAGCCCUGCUAACCCCGCCCCCUGGAGCCAAACCACACAAGUGUCUUGUCUGCGGAAAGGGGUUCAACGACGAGGGCAUUUUCAUGCAGCAUCAGAGGAUCCACAUUGGAGAAAAUCCCUACAAAAAUUCAGAUGGCCUCAUCACACACCCAGCUCCCAAGCCUCCUCAGUUCCGACCUCCCAGGCUCCCUUUCGGAGGGAAUUCUUAUCCAGGUGCUUCUGAGGGCAGAGCUGACCCCUCAGGACAGCCCUUUAAAAUGCCUGAGGGGCAGGAGAGCCCCAGCCAAAGGCUGAGCCUGCUCUCUUCCAAGUCCUACAUUUGUUCCCACUGUGGAGAAAGCUUUCUAGAUCGGGCUGUACUCCUCCAACACCAGCUCACCCACGGCAACGAGAAACCCUUUCUUUUUCCUGAUUAUAGGAUUGGUUUAGCAGAAGGGGCUGGGCCCAGUCCCUUCCUAAGUGGAAAGCCUUUUAAAUGCCCUGAGUGCAAAAAAAGCUUUGGCCUCAGCUCUGAGCUGCUGCUGCACCAGAAAGUCCAUGCAGGUGGGAAACCACAGAAGAGUCCAGAGCGGGGGAAGAGCUCUUCUGUCCUCCUCGCGCACCUCAGGAGCCCCCUGGGGGCCAGACCCUACAGCUGCUCAGAUUGUGGGGCCUCCUUCCUGGAUCGCCUGGCCCUCAUUCGGCACCAGGAAACUCACACCCAAGAAAAGUCCCCCAGACCCGAAGACCCCCUUCCAGAGCCAGUCACCCUGUCCACAAGCCAGGAAGGUGAAGGGGAGACCCCCACCCCUACCCCUACAGGGAGCAGUAGCCAUGGGGAAGGGGAAACCUCAAAAACCCUCUUGGAAGAAAAGCCCUAUUUGUGUCCCGAGUGUGGAGAUGGCUUUACAGAGGUUGCAGCCCUCCUUCUUCAUAGGAGCUGCCACCCAGGGGUCACCCUGUGAAAUGGGUCUGGAGACCAGGGAUCUCUCUCUCCUGAGAGGAACACUGGAUCUCCUCACAUAUUUUGCGAGAAAAGGAAAAAAACCCUAUCAGAUUGUAGAGAUGCAAAGGAUAAAGGACCCUGGGUAAAAAUAGUGCUUUUACAUCAGUGAUGAGAAACUAUAAAUUGUUGGUGGGAGCCACUUAUAAUGCAGUAGAGAAAAACUGGGUUAGAAACCCUAUAAAUAUGUAGGAAAAAAAAGCCCUUUAAGUCUGUAGCAGAAAAUCCCUAUAAACCAUAGUGGAUAAAAGCCCUAUUAAUUGUAGGAUGAGGUCCCAAUAUGUCUUUAGACAACCCUAUAAAACUGUACUGAAAUCCUUGUGAAACUGUAGGGUCGGGGAAGUGCAGGGAAUAUAGCAAUGGCAUUGACUUGGAAACAGUGACCCUCAGAAGGUGUAGAACCUCCCAUGAACUUGUUCCACAGUGUUCUCUCUUACUAUCAUAUGGGAGGGAGACUCAAUCCCAGAAGCCUUGGACAAUUACACUGUGUGGGAAUUGGGUGGCACUUGGAAAAGGAAGAAAACAAAGGAGAAAAAUAAGUGAUGAGGAGCCCUCAGACCCCCAGAGGAGAAUGACCCAGGAACUAGGAAGAAAAGGUCCAGCUCAUUGCACUGGGGGUUCCUCAGGGUACAAGACCAGUCCUAGAUGAAUUGUGUGUGUGAGAGAAGAGGCCCAUGGGAUUCCUUAUCAGAAAGAAGCCAAAAAUGGGGAAGGAAAAAAAAAAAUGAUGUUGCACCUUUUUAAAGGCCGAAGUUUGUGGUGCAUAAAAACUUUAAGUGUAAGAAUACUGGGGAACCACCACAAAAAUAUAGAGGGAAAAGUGGGGGGAUUCUGUUAGACUGCUUUGAGGGAAGGAAACCAAGUGGAGAAACUUCAGACGGAACCCAGCAAACUCCAGGCUGUCUUCCAGGUUGUCUUCCAGGUUACUGGGAGCUUGUUAAACUGCAAGUGCAAGCAGUCCCCAGCCAGGCUGCCAGGUCCUCCCCAGCCAGGCAGGAUGACCCUUUCCUGGGGACUAAUGUUCUGAGAGGCCUCCAGGGAUGGAGGGUCCCUCCUGCUACAUCUCAGGUCUCACUGUCAGGUUCCUCCUGAAGUCUAGCUGCCACCAGUGUUGCUGCAGUGGCAGCCCGUUUCCUCGAAUUCUGUCCUCAGUGGAGAGGGAGAACUGCUGCUAGUCGACCUCCAAAGAAUAAAGCCCUUCAGAGACUCAAGGCCUAUGUGUGGUUAAAUCCUCCCUAGACUGCUCUUCUCCAAGUCAACAAGAGCCACACGUAGGUCCUCUGUGGCAACAAGGGACAGCAACUUGACAGAAUAGAGAGCUUUGAAUAGAGCCAGCAACCUACUUUUAAACCUGUCUCCUGAGCUGAUAGCAACAAGGCUGCUGGCAGGAUGUACCAGCCUGCACAUAGUGAUGGGUGUCCAAACACCCACAGAAGAGUAUAUGGAGUCCUGACCACCUUCCUCACCCCGGUGCCUGGAGCCCUCUGAGGUUGUGACAACCCAGCCUGAUUGUGGUCUUGGGAAGGGACGGAUUCCACCCACUCGGCUCCUCUCCUCCUUAGCCAGAAACCUUCAGAGGGAAAUGGAAAGAUGAGAACCACACCCCUGCCAGACCCAUCUCCUGUCCUCACACACCACACAGUUACACACUUAUUAACCCAGAGAAACCCGCUACAUGACUGGGUGUGUGUGGCAGGGGAGAGACUGUUGCCCUCUAAAAUGGUUGGAGAAAACUCUUGAAACAUCUGUAACAAGAACCCAUCCCUUAACCCUGGAGACUCUUUCCAAAGGAA